ACUGAAAAUGUCUCAGAAUCCUGACAAGCCACAUUCAAGUGAAGAAAAGUUGAGUGGUUUGGAGGAUGGUCAAGAGGAGAGCUUGGACAACCCGGAUCAGUCUAUCAGAAAAAGAAUACGACAGGGUGCUCCAGGGUCACACAGAGAUGAUACACCGAAGUCUAGUCCUCCUCGUCCCGUGUCAAUAGAAGAGCUCAUGGAAACAGCUAAGGGAGUAACCAACAUGGCAUUAGCACACGAAAUUGUUGUUAAUGGAGACUUCCAGAUAAAACCAGCUGAAUUACCAGAACACAGCUUAGAAAAAAAAGUAAGAGAUAUUGUGCAUAAAGCUUUCUGGGAUUGUCUGGAAGCUCAGCUAAAGGAAGAUCCACCGACAUAUGACCAUGCAAUUAAACUGUUGGGAGAAAUUAAAGAGAAUCUCCUGUCCUUCUUGUUGCCUGGUCAUACUAGACUGAGAAGCCAGAUUACAGAAGUUCUUGAUCUGGAUUUGAUAAAACAGGAGGCAGAGAAUGGCGCCCUUGACAUUUCUAAGUUGGUCGAAUUUGUUAUUGGGAUGAUGGGGACUCUCUGUGCUCCAGCUCGAGAUGAAGAAAUUAAGAAACUGAAAGAUAUUAAUGAAAUAGUUCCUCUGUUCAGAGCAAUUUUCUCUGUAUUAGACCUAAUGAAAAUGGAUAUGGCAAACUUCGCUGUCAGUAGUAUUAGGCCAAAAUUAAUGCAGCAGUCUGCUGAAUAUGAAAGAAAGAAGUUUCAGGAGUUUCUUGAGAAACAGCCAAAUUCUUUAGACCUUGUCACAAGGUGGUUACAAGAAGCAGCAGAUGAUCUUGCAAAGCUGAGAUGUAAAAUGUUGCCUCCCCACUGUAGUGGUGAUGGUGCCACUGGUGGAGCUUCCGCCUUGUGCUCCACUGCUGUACAAAAUCAGGCCUAUCUGAAGCUCCUAAAGUGGGAUCAUGUAAACAGGCCUUUUCCAGAAACAGUGCUGAUGGACCAGACCCGCUUUCAGGAAAUACAGCUGGAGCUGGAGCAGCUCCUCUUGACUGGGACUGUCCUUCUGGUCACGUUCAGUGCAGCAGGCUCAGCACUCGUUGAUAUGCCUGGGUUUGCUGAGAAAAUCAAAACCAUUGUCAAGGUGCUGCUGACAGGAAUGCAUCUUCCCUCCUUUAACCUGCAGGAAUCUUUGGCCACCAUCGGUGAAAAGGUGUGUGCUGAAGUUAACAGCUGCCUUUCCCAGCAUGGGUUUGCACCAUUCUCAGCUGAGAGAGAGACUGGACUUAAAGGACAAAUCCAAGCAGCGGCCAAUCCGGAUAACACCAUAUCCAAGCUAAUAGAUUCUCGAAUUGAAAAGUUUCUGGAGAAUUAUCUUGCAUCUAGUCACCAGAAAUCGUUACCUGCUAUUCCUGGAGGAUUAGGCCCUAUUCAAAGAGAGCUGGAAGAGAUUGCUGUCAAGUAUGUUCGUCUUGUCAACUACAACAAAAUGGUCUUCAGCCCUUACUAUGAUGCAGUCCUUGGCAAAAUACUGACUAAGGGAGAAUCCCAACUUGUAGGGAAGUCAGAAGAAUCAUAAAACCAGUUUGUAUGCUACCAAUACGGUAUUGUCAGCGAUUUUAAAAAAUUGCACUAAUAUUUGUCUAGGAAAACAGCUUUCCAUGUAAAUACUGGUUCCUUUUAAUUCACGAGUGGUGAUUGAUGAGGAAAAUAGAUGAGAUGCAAAAGGGGUUCUGAAGUAAAUGAUGAAAGAGAGAUGCAUUUUUAAUGUAAGUAUGCAACCUGGGGGGGGAUGUCUUGGUAGUUUUCUGGCUGCAAUUUUUAGAUUUUUGAGCUGAUGCUAGGUAGGACAAGUGUAAGAACCAAACUUGGUAGUUAAGUAAGUAAGUGGCUCAUUUUAGGGCAUUUUACUCUAAUUUACCGUGAAUUUAGUUUGACUAAUCCAGAGUAGAUUAGCAAUGGUCCUUUCCAGAAGGGGUGAUUUGGCUUUAAAAAAAAAAAAUCUUACUUUAAAGACUUAGGAAGAAAGCUAAAAUUCUAGAUAAGAGAAACUUUAACAGGCAAAAAACAAAGCCAAACAGCACUUUAUUGUAACAUUAUGGUUAGUAUGGUAGGCUACUAGUUUUUUCUGCAUUUUACUGCAUUUUUAAUAGCCUUUUUUUGCUGUUUAUCUGCAGAUGUUACAAAACACAUAAUAUAUUUUUGUAGCAAAUUUUCUGGUUAUUGGGUAACUGUCCUCUGCUAUGUACAGUACUUACAAAGGUGGCAAUCUUAUAGAUUGCAGCUGUAUUUAUCUCUUGUAAAGAGUUCAGAAGGGCAGAGCUAAAACAUUUUGAUAAAAGUGGCAUUUCUUACCUUUUUUUUGCUAGUAGUUUACUCCUUUUUAUGUGAAAUACUAAUUUUAAAGUAAAUCUUUGUCAUUUUCAGAAGGUGGGUUUAAAGUGUGUGAAACUUUAGGCUGAAAAUUUUACUUGUUUUUUUAAAACUACAACUGGAGAUGAUUGCAUAUUCAAUCAUGUCUUCAAAAAUAUCCAGGAAGUGCAGAGCACUAUCGGAAGUAGAAGUGAUUUUAACGUACUGUGAGGAGUGAAUGGUUUAAUGUUAGUUUGCAUAUACAGGGAAUAUUUUCAGUAGAAGAUUUUUUUCACUUUGUAGAGGCGUACUUGAAACUUAAAAUAUUUGUAGGUCUUGAAUUUAAUUAGCUACAUGUUGUAUAGAUGAGUGUUCACAGAAGAGCUCGAUGAUCUUACAGCCUUGUUGCAAUUUCAGACUCAGCUAGGAGGUAAGUACAUUUGAAAUUUUCCUCUAGUUGAGCACAACGCUGUAUUACAGUAAUCAAAAUUUGAUGAUUUUGAAAGCAAAGUUCAUAGUUAUAAACAGUGUGUCCCAAGUACUAGACUACCCAAAAUUGAAUGUGUUGUUGUCUUUAAAAAAAACCCAACAGGUUACGUAAAAUAAAUCAAGGGCCCUUUUAUUGCUAACAUCCAGGUUCUUUCUAUUAUUUUGGUUGACUGAUAGAUUAAUAAAACUUCUCGAAGGAAGCACUUGAUUAUGAAUCAGUGUUGAUGCUUCCCUUUCCUGUUUUCCUUUAAAUGUCAGUGUGGCUAUAGCUGCACUAACUUUGAGUUUGGAGGAAGGUGGGAUAAGUAAGACCUUUUAUUCUGUAUUAGCCUAUGCAACUAUAAAAUAAAUCUUUUCUCAUUCAUUACAAACCCCCUUCCCCAAGGGAAAAAACCCCACCAAAACCCUGGAAGAGAUCACCAGCUCAGACAAGUGAUUUUUCUCUCGGCUAAGUGUACUCAGAUAGUAAAAUGGAUGUCUCUCUCUGAAUCUUUCUUUGAUAACUCAAAAAUGAGUAGGUUGGUUAGCCAGAAAAAAAGUUCUGAGUAGGUUUUUGGUGUGGUCUAUUUAAUUGUUUGAAUCAGCAAAGGAUACUACAGAGGUCUUCAAGAUUGCUGCAUCUGCUUACUGUACUUUGUUAUUAGUGCAGGAGCCACCUCAAAAUACAGCCUAUAGCUCUGCAGCUCCAAAAAAUUAAUUCAGUAGUCUGCGUAACAAGAGAGCUGCCAGAAACAUUAUUGCUAGAGAUAGGAAAAAAAAAAACAAACCCAAGACAAAGCUGUGGUCGUUUUUGUUAAAUGAGAGUUGCAGAAGUUAUAAAUUGCUGCUGUUAUUUUAUAUUUUAGUAUUGCCUAGAAGCUGCCUUUAAAGGCCCCUGUGAACUAUGCAUACUACAAAAAUUUAGAUGCUGUAGGGGAUGAUCUCAAGGAUGUGGGGAGGAACAACAUCAUGGGGAAACACCACACUUGGAAAAGGCUUUGAAAAGUAUGGGAGUGGUGCCAGAAUGAAUGGGACUGCAUUAUCAACAGAUAAAAUUGUACUUGCUUAAUCUAGGAGAUGGCUGCUCCCAGUUCUGGAAUUCAGGGUCCAGAAGUCCGUGACGGCCAACUCCUGCUUACUCUGACAUUGAAGCAUGGAUUGUCCUGCCACUAGUGCAUGCGUAGUGCUCGCAGGGUCGACACAGUAAGUCCCAUCUCUCCUCGCAGUAGGGGUUUGAUCCCAAGGCUUCACGUAGAAAAAAGCGCAGUACCCGCAUCUGGCUGGGAUCUCACCUUUGGGGGGUACAUGCUGUGGGAAGGAGUGCCUCCGUGGGUGGGUGCUGUAGGCCUUUCAGCAGUAAAGAUCUGAAGAGACUGUGAUAAGUGCCCACAAGUGCAAGUCAUGUUAGUGAUUUUCCCAGGUUGUUUUUUUAAUGCUGGUGGUUGACAAAUAGUUUCUCUACAUCCUCUUUAAAAGAAACAGGGAGAUACAAUUAAGUGGCAAAGCAAAACAGAAAUUCUAGGAUUGAUAAGGCCAGACCCUACCUCCACGUGAACAUUUAUGUGGUUACACAUACGCUGUUUCACCUUUUAGUCUGGUAGAUACAGCACUGGCCUACAGUCAUCUAUACUGCUGGCGGCGGGAAUGUUUUUCAAGUUGUCCGAGUAUCUGAAGUUCCUGUGGUCCGGGGCGAGGGGUUUCUUACGGUCUUAUCAGAGUGCAAUUCUGAGUAGUCAGUGGCAAGUUAAAAUCUAAAGUAUGCAUAGAAACUGCUUCGAAAGUUCAUACAGUGUUUUCGUUAGCUUGUUUGAAAAUAACAGGUUAAACUAUGUAGCUAAUAUAUUAACAUUUAGCUUUGUACAUUAAGUAAGUGGAAGACCAAUGCAGUUAUCCAGGAACAGAUUGUGUUAGCUAGUACUCCUGGACAAUCCACAUUAGAUAUAUGUACCGAGUUUGUCUUACGAUGCUGUCUUCUUUAAACAGUCAUGGAAUUACAAGCAAAAGUAUACUGUAUCCUCUAGAAAAAUGGAAAAAAAGCUAAUUCUAAUAUGUAUGCUCUGAUCAAUUUCCUGUGAUGGUCUUAUUAACAUUGCUUUUGAAGUGGCUGAGUAAUAUUUAAGAAGUAACUUGUUGUGUUUGAAUAAAACCAGAAUGAGGCAUGAUGUUAUG